AUGAGAGGUAUGGGCCUACAAGUACCUAAAGUCGUUUGCUUUAGCAAAGCCCAGUGGGACUUUGAACACGUGUCCCCGAGCAUUGAGGUGGCAAAGCUCACUAAUGAGUCAGAAGUCAUGGAAGCACUUAACGGGUACCCAGCUUCGGAAUGGCUUGCAAAUUCAUCCGACUAUUCCAAGUAUAAAGAUGAGUACAUAAGUUAUAGGCAUUAUAAGGACUUACGUGAAGCGGUAAUUGUUGAAGCUGCAACCGAGAUUUUGGAGUUGAAUGCUGGGUUGAAUGUCCUACUAUUUUCAACUUCAUUGGAAGCAAGCAUAGAGAUCAAGCGCCUACGGCAAGAAAUUGAGAUAUUGAAGAACACCAAGGGGACAACCAUUGCAAGUGAAGAUAUUGGUCAAGACAUCUUAGAUGAUGAUGCAGUACAUGAGUUUCACUCAAAAUUUAAACAUGUUAGAAAAGGAAAAACCAAAAUUGUGGUACCAGAAAAGCAUGAAGAAAAUGAGGAAGAGGAAGAAGAAAAGAAAGAAGACGAAGAAGAACAUGAAGAGGAAGAUGAAGAAGAAAAGGAAGAUGAAGACGAAGAUGAAGGUGAAGCUUGGAUCGAAGAGAAAGAGGUUGGGGAUGAGGAUGAGGAUACGGGGCCGCAGCUAAGGGUAAUCGGGAUGUAG